CUUAAUUGUUGUAUAGUGCUAUUCCAAUGAUUCUAGAUUCAAGAUGCAUACAAAUAUGUGGCGCAACCACCAAUAUCUCAUUAAGUAAUCUAAACUAACCCAUUACUCUUCUUGUUGGUCACAGUUGAAUCCCAUUCAUGAUCGUCCCAUUUUUCUCAUUCCAAAACUAGAAGUUUCUUCAAGCAAGGACUAGUUCACCUUGAGUUUCUUUGCUAGCUAUUGUAAGAUUUUCAUACACGUAUAGCUCCCAAAAUGGCUCAUGAACCACCAUUCCUCGAGACCUACAAGACCCUUGUGCAAAAACACAAAGGGGAUUCAAGGAAUGGGUACUCCUCCUGCUCUAUAGUGGAGAGAUGUGAUAUACCUUUGAUCGACCUUAGCCGGUUAAGUCUUGAGAGAGAAGAAUGCAUGAGAGAAAUUGCAGAAGCUGCAAGAGAAUGGGGUUUCUUUCAAGUUGUUAAUCAUGGAAUUUCACAUGAGCUUCUGAAGAGCCUGCAAAUUGAGCAAAAGAAAGUGUUCUAUCAACCAUUUGUGAACAAGUCAUCAACACAAGCCAAAGCUUACAGGUGGGGGAAUCGAUUUGCUACCGAUCUGAGACAACUGUCAUGGUCAGAAGCCUUUCAUUUCUAUCUGACAGACAUCUCAAGGAUGGACCAACAUGAAACUCUGAGAUCAAGUCUUGAAGCUUUUGCAAUAAGAAUGUUCUCCGUUGCCCAAAGCUUGGCGGAAAUACUGGUGUGCAGAUUGAAUACGAAAUCCAACUAUUUCCGAGAACAUUGCUUGCCAGAAAGUUCUUUCAUUCGACUGAAUAGAUACCCUCCAUGCCCUAUAUCGUCAAAGGUGCAUGGCUUGUUGCCUCACAGUGACACUAGUUUUCUUACCAUCGUGCAUCAAGACCAGGUUGGGGGAUUGCAAUUGCUGAAAGAUGGAAAAUGGGUUGGUGUCAAGCCUAAUCCACAUGCUCUGGUCGUUAAUAUUGGUGACUUAUUUCAGGCAUUGAGCAAUGGUGUUUAUAAAAGCAUAAAACACCGAGUGGUUGCUGCUGAGAAAGUAGAGAGGUUUUCUAUGGCAUUUUUCUAUUGCCCCUCUGAGGAGGCAGUUAUAAAAAGUAAAAUCAAGCCACUUAUGUACAGAAAAUUCACUUUGAUGGAGUAUAGACAACAAACUGAGAAAGAUGUCAAGCAAACCGGGGAUAAAGUGGGGCUCUCUAGAUUUCUUCUGUAGAAGUAUAUUCGUACUUCUAUGUAGACUUUAUAUUAAGUUCUUAACGUCCGUUUAAUCAAGUGUUGAUGAAUAUUUCCUUAAAGGUAAUAUAAGCGAGUUAUUUCAUUUGAUGUCAACACGAAUGAAUUUAAAUAAGUUUGGAUUCAAUAUUUCUUUUAAAUCCUGAGAGUCUCUAUCAGUGGACAUAGCUCAAUGUCCCCCCCUCCCCCCUACUGGUGUAUUGUUCUUAAUAUAAUGUAUUUAUUUAUCUGUUUAAUUUGGCUUUGUAAGACUUUUGUAUUCUAUAAGAGCACCCCUUGUACUUUGUUUUUUAAA